CCCGGGCCCGCCGGUGGUCCCACCAUGGUGGCCAAGCAGCGCAUCCGCAUGGCCAACGAGAAGCACAGCAAGAACAUUACCCAGCGCGGGAACGUCGCCAAGACCUCGAGGACGGCCCCGGAGGAGAAGGCGUCGGUUGGGCCCUGGCUGCUGGCGCUGUUCAUCUUCGUGGUUUGCGGAUCAGCCAUCUUCCAGAUCAUCCAGAGCAUCCGGAUGGGCAUGUGAGGGGCCCGUCGCCGGCGAGGCCCCCCGCGCCCUCCCCCAGCGCUGCCAUGGACUGUUUCCUCCGGCCGGCGCUCAGCCAGCCCCGGUCCGUCGCAGCAGCUGCCGGGCAGCGGUGCUCGGCUUCGGCCGUGUCGCAUUCCAGGUCCCUUCAGGAGUCAUUCCGAGUUUUCUAGCCCGUGCCACAGUGCCUUGAACAGCACCACAUGUAUAAAGCAAUAAAGUUCUAUUGUUGAUCUACAAUCGUGGACCUACUUAUUGGGUGAGGUGCCCAGUCCUGUGCGCUGUGGAUCUGUUAACGCUGUACCCAAGUUGGCAUUGUUGUAAGCACCGGCCCGAGGUCUGUGCCUGUCUCUGUAUAGCUGGAAAUGGUUUUAUUUAAGGUCUGAAGCCGGGGUUUCUAUAGUGGCUGGAGCCUGAAGCAUGUUAAUAGCGAAGCAGCUGGGCCACGCAGUUCCCUGUAGCUUACCCGAGUGCAUCGUCCCCUGUACGCGUAGAGUAGCCCCACUGCAGCAUGUGGCAGUGCCCCAACGCUUCCCACGGCACAAGCUGUCCCUUUUCUCCUGUCCCACUGAACAUGGAAUACUUGUUUGUGUAGCAUUAGCGGCGUUGGUUAGGAACUGGCCCGACGGAGCAGCAGCUGCCUCUUGACACCACCCCGUGGUGACAUCCCACAGACAUGGGCCGGAGCCCCCCCCGUGCCUGCCGCCGGCUGUAAAUACUUCAUGGACAACCUUCAACAAAGUGGUGGUGGUGGUGGUUCUUCUACGCUUGCUGAUGUUGUUUGGGAAUGCUCUGUGCAGGUGCAGGGACUCUGCCCUUCCUGCUGACCGUUCUGCUUUCGUGUGCAGCAUCUGCAGAGCAUGGUGUGGUCUUGCAAUCUAUAUUUAAUCCUAUUUAAGGUAAAUCCUGCUUACAGCUCGAUUUCAUCUAACAAUGGACCCCGUACUUAACCGCUUCCCUACGGAUGAUCCUUCUCAGUGAGACUGACUUAAAAAAAACAAACAAACAAACAAAAGAACAGAAAAAAAGUGGCCUCCUACACCUGGAGCCAUCUGUCCGAGAUCACAGUGGAAAAUGCUGCGCUUGAUCGUGUUCUGCUGCUGGUGGCUCAGGCUUUGCGCUGGCCUCGUGCUGCCUGUGGCAAUAACAGGCAGGCUGAAGUCACUCCGCUCCUCUACGCCGUGGCUAAAGGAAGGUUAUCCUUUUUUUUCUUUUUUUUUGGGGGGGGAGGGUGGUUCUUAGCAGAAGACAUUUAAAAUCUGGUUAUGCUAGAAGUAAUAGAAAAAAUGUUUCUCAUAGAGAUAAUGCAGUGGCUGUUACCCAUGAGGAGAUCUUUGUACGAGUGGUUGUGCUUCUGUAUGGAAUCAGCAGGGCCCGGCCUGAGCUGGCACUGCUAGGGGCAUGCCCCAGCUACUCUGUGUUCUCGGUCGCCUGUAUUUUGUACAUGGUGGUGGGGGGAAGGAUGUAUAA